CUCCUGGACCCGUACGUCACCGUCAGCGUGGACCAGGUGCGCGUUGGGCAGACCAGCACCAAGCAGAAGACCAACAAGCCCACUUACAACGAGGAGUUCUCCGCCACGGUCACUGACGGUCAUCAGAUCGAGCUCUCCGUCUUCCACGACACCCCCAUCGGCUACGAUGAUUUUGUGGCCAACUGCACCUUGCACUUCCAGGACCUCCUGCGCUCCGCGGGCCCCAGCGACAGCUUCGAAGGCUGGGUGGAUUUGGAGCCAGAAGGCAAAGUGUUUGUCGUCAUAACUCUUACAGGCAGCUUCACAGAAGGGACUCUCCAGAGGGAUCGGGUAUUUAAGAACCUCACUCGGAAGCGCCAGCGGGCGAUGCGAAGGCGAGUGCAUCAGGUGAACGGGCACAAGUUCAUGGCUACCUACCUGCGCCAGCCCACGUACUGCUCACACUGCAGGGAGUUCAUCUGGGGCGUGUUUGGGAAGCAGGGAUACCAGUGUCAAGUCUGCACCUGUGUUGUACACAAGCGCUGCCAUCAUCUAAUUGUUACAGCUUGCACGUGCCAAAACAGUACUAACAAGGCCGAUCUCAAGGUGACUGAACAGAGAUUUGGAAUCAACAUUCCUCAUAAGUUCAGCGUCCACAACUACAAAGUCCCAACUUUCUGUGACCACUGUGGUUCCUUGCUCUGGGGAAUCAUGCGACAGGGCCUGCAGUGUAAAAUCUGUAAAAUGAACGUCCACAUCCGAUGCCAAGCCAACGUUGCACCAAACUGUGGGGUGAACUCAGCAGAGCUGGCUAAAACCUUGGCGUGCAUGGGUCUGCAACCAGGAAGCAUUUCCCCAAAUUCGAAACUGGUUGCAAGAUCUACUUUGCGACAUCAGGGAAAAGGCAGCCUGAAAGAUGGCAACAACGUUAGCGAAAGUUCAGCUAGCAAACUUGGGAUCAAAGACUUAACCUUCCUCCGUGUCUUGGGAAAGGGCAGUUUUGGAAAGGUGAUGCUUGCCAAGAUGAAGGAGAGUGGGCAGCUCUAUGCAGUGAAGGUGUUGAAGAAGGACGUCAUUCUCCAAGAUGAUGAUGUUGAGUGCACCAUGACUGAGAAACGCAUCCUUUCCUUAGCAAGGAACCACCCAUUCCUCACCAAGCUCUACUGUUGCUUCCAGACGCCU